UAUGUUGCUUCCAUUUGUACGACGGUCCUUUGUGGCCGUCGACGCUCCCGAUGGAACGGUUUUCUUAUCCGCCCUCGAUCACUCCGACUAGAACGCCAUGGCUCUGUUGCUCUCUCUCUCUCUCUCUUCGUUCUUUCCUAAGCCGGCAUUCCAGGCCAUAAACAGGACACCUCAUGACAGCUCUCGUCUAAGUAGAGGACGAAGUCGAAGAAGUAGAAAAGGAAGAACACAUCUUUCGUCCACUCGCUCCAUGAUGGCAUCCACAAAUAACCCAAAUAGCUGGGUCCCGUUUCACAAACUUCUACCUGCACAGAGAACCCUCAUGGAGUCGCUCAUCACCACUGUGGAUGCCCAAUUGGGCCCUCAGUUGAACCCUUGCAUGACUCCUUCUGAUGUCAGGUUCUUCCAGAACAAGGAGGGCACUUCUCUGGGGUCGGUCAAUCUUAGAUCAGGAAAAGGAAACUCCAAGGUUCGCUACAUAUUGGCUUCCUGGCUUCAUUGCGAGCUCCCUUUUGGUUUGCUUGAUAUAACAACUCUUAUGUGCAUGCUUAACACCAAUACAGAUGCACCACACUUUCUUUUAGAGAUAAUACAAAAUAGUCCAACUUCUGUAGUUCUCCUCGUAGAUUUGCUCCCUAGAAGAGACCUUGUUCGGCACCCUGGUUACCUCAAGCAGUUCUAUGAAGAUACCCAGUUGGAUUUACAAAGACAGAAACUGGAAAAACUUCCAGUAGUGCAGCCUUAUGUCUCACCAUUACUCUCUCUUCGAACAAUUUUUUCUCCAUCUGCAAUAUUAUUGAAAAUAAAUUGUGAGUCUCAGUUAAUUGAUGGUAAAACUUGCUCUAUGGAAGAGUUAAUUGAUCAGCACUUAGGGAAUGUUGUGAAAGAGAUGAUGGGUAUUUGGUUGGAGCAGUGUGCCAGCCCUCAAGAAACAAUAAUGGAUGAAAAUGAGAGGGAUUAUGUUCUGGUGCGUGAUAACAUGAUGAGGAACAUUGGCAUAGAUAAUGAUCUGAGGGCAAACCUACCAAGAUUGUUUAAUUCAGACAUUGCCGACCGAGUCCUGGCAGCUCUAGAGAAGGAAGUUUAGGGUGUGACGAGAAGCAGAGUUGCAUCUCAUUAGAAAGGUCACUGUAUAUUUGUAUCUUAACAGAUUUUGCGAGUCUUGGAUGGUGAGAUUUAAAGUCUUACGUCACGUGGUUGUUCUAGUGUACAAUGUUCAUGUAGUUCUCUAAAGUCUCUCUCACCUGUAAAUUUCUGUUUCUCAAGAAGGGAAAUAGUAAGAAUAUGAUUACUUAA